CUCAAACUGAUAAACCCUUGAAAGACAAUAAUCUCGUGCGUGAGCAAACUCCAAUGAUUUUUAGGCAGACAACACCUAAAAAUAGGCCACCACCUUCCCUGUAGCAGUUUGGCACCUGUCGUUUUCAAUCACCUUGGAAAAAAUAAUAAACGGUGAGAUAGAUGGACAAGUAGACUGAUGUGUUGACCACAGAGAUUGACCCAACGACAUCAAACAAACUGGGAAAUGUGGCGACGGAUCUCGGAAGACGACAGAGGAGUUGACCACUGAAUGUGAAACAUUGCUGAAGAUUGUUGAAGAUUGGCCGGAUUUGCAACAAACACACGCACAGUAAACAAGAGUAAAGGCGAAGGAAUUAUUAUGCGCAUUCAUUCAUUGCACUUCUUUAUUUAUGGUGUGCGGCUGAAGUGGUGUGCAGCAAUGUUUACUUUUUAUUUCUAACAUUUAAUUAUUUGUUUGGAUUAUUUUGCAGUAAUUUAUUAUGAUGAGUGUCUCAUAAUAGUAUAUCAUAUAUUGUGUUGAUAAUGAGUAAAGAUGUUAAAUUUAGGUAAAGCUGGGAAUAUUCUAGAAUUAAUUACAUAGCCAAUUGUGAUGGACUGUUUUAUCUAUAGAGGAAAUUAAACAGUAUGUAGCUAGGUGUUAAUUAUUUUCUGUUACUUUGCAAAUAGGGAAGUUGAUACAUUUGAUACAUACAGGGAAGGCCUCUGUAGCUCAGCUGGUAGAGCAUGGCGCUUGUAACGCCAAGGUAGUGGGUUCGAUCCCCGGGACCACCCAUACACAAAAAAAAUGUAUGCACGCAUGACUGUAAGUCCGUUGGAUAAAAAGCGUCUGCUAAAUGGCAUAUUAUUAUUAUUAUUAUUAUGAAAAUGUAUGCACUCACUAACUGUAAAUCGCUCUGGAUAAGAGCGUCUGCUAAAUGACGUAAAUGUAAAUUUCCAAUACAUCUAACAGCAUAUUUAAUGAAGGUGACACAGAGCUCAUGUAUACAUGCAGUGGGAGGGUAUGUUGUUUAUCACCAUGUUUCUAUCUCCUACAGUGGAUUGUCUGGUGUUGACUGAGUGUCUGACAUAGAUACUGGGCGUCGUCAAGGGCACACAUGGCCCAUACAGUGCAGGACCACCAGAUGGCACAGCCCCAGGCAGCAGUGCUGUCUCUCCCUCCCUCCGGCCAGGCUAAAGUGAGCCCCCCUCACCCCCUACCUCGUGGGUUUUCCCUGAUGCAGGAGCCUUCCAGCAGCUAGGCAGGCCUACAUACCACAGAGCUGUUUAUAGCAGGAACAUGCAGGCCAGGACCAGCCAGCUGAAGGCUGUCAAACAUGUUUACCAGAACAGCAAGUAACCUUUGAGUAGCAUGGAAGAACCUGGCACAUGGGUAUGGGGUCAGAGUGAACUAGGCUAGAUUGUAUCUUUAAUUUUUUAUUUAUUACUAAGUAAACUCAGCAAAAAAAGAAACAUCCUCACCCUGUCAACUGUGUUUAUUUUCAGCAAACUUAACAUGUGUAAAUAUUUGUAUGAACAUAAGAUUCAACAACUGAGACAUAAACUGAACAAGUUCCACAGACAUGUGACUAACAUAAAUUGAAUAAUGUGUCCCUGAACAAGGGGGGGGGGUCAAAAUCAAAAGUAACAGUCAGUAUCUGGUGUGGCCACCAGCUGCAUUAAGUACUGCAGUGCAUCUCCUCCUCAUGGACUGCACCAGAUUUGCCAGUUAUUGCUGUGAGAUGUUACCCCACUCUUCCACCAAGGCACCUGCAAGUUCCCGGACAUUUCUGGGGGAAUGGCCCUAGCCCUCGCCCUCCGAUCCAACAGGUCCCAGACGUGCUCAAUGGGAUUGAGAUCCGGGCUCUUCGCUGGCCAUGGCAGAACACUGACAUUCCUGUCUUGCAGGAAAUCACGCACAGAACGAGCAAUAUGGCUGGUGGCAUUGUCAUGCUGGAGGGUCAUGUCAGGAUGAGCCUGCAGGAAGGGUACCACAUGAGGGAGGAGGAUGUCUUCCCUGUAAUGCACAGCGUUGAGAUUGCCUGCAAUGACAACAAGCUCAGUCCGAUGAUGCUGUGACACACCGCCCCAGACCAUGACGGACCCUCCACCUCCAAAUCGAUCCCGCUCCAGAUUACAGGCUUCGGUGUAACGCUCAUUCCUUCGACGAUAAACGCAAAUCCGACCAUCACCCCUGGUGAGACAAAACCGCGACUCGUCAGUGAAGAGCACUUUUUGCCAGUCCUGUCUGGUCCAGCGACGGUGGGUUUGUGCCCAUAGGCGACAUUGUUGCCGGUGAUGUUUGGUGAGGACCUGCCUUACAACAGCCCUACAAGUCCUCAGUCCAGCCUCUCUCAUCCUAUUGCGGACAAUCUGAGCACUGAUGGAGGGAUUGUGCAUUCCUUGUGUAACUCAGGCAGUUGUUGUUGCCAUCCUGUACCUGUCCCGCAGGUGUGAUGUUCGGAUGUACCGAUCCUGUGCAGGUGUUGUUACAUGUGGUCUGCCACUGCGAGGACGAUCAGCUGUCCAUCCUGUCUCCCUGUAGCGCUGUCUUAGGCGUCUCAUAGUACGGACAUUGCAAUUUAUUUCCCUGGCCACAUCUGCAGUCCUCAUGCCUCCUUGCAGCAUGCCUAAGGCACGUUCACGCAGAUGAGCAGGGACCCUGGGAAUGUUUAUUUUGGUGUUUUUCAGAGUCAGUAGAAAGGCCUCUUUAGUGUCCUAAGUCUUCAUAACUGUGACCUUAAUUGCCUACCACAGGUGCAUGUUCAUUAAUUGUUUAUGGUUCAUUGAACAAGCAUGGGAAACAGUGUUUAAACCAUUUACAAUGAAGAUCUGUGAAGUUAUUUGGAUUUUUACUAAUUAUCUUUGAAUGACAGGGUCCUGAAAAAGGGACGUUUCUUUUUUGCUGAGUUUAGUACCAAAUGGCACUGGCAAUGUUAGUCAUCACUGUAAUGCAAAUUCUUCAAUUGCUCAAGAGAGCAACAAAGAGCAGUACAGAAGUCGGUCACCAUAAAAAAGCAUCUGCCUCCCUCAAUGGCUGCUCAAGUCAAAACUUUCCAACCUAUGCAUUGCUGCAGACUGCUUGCAAAUUCCCGGUGUGGCCUCAAAAUACUUAUCUCCCCCUGCAUCCCAAACACACCUUAUCAGGGAUUUUAUUGGGUCCACUGUCCAAUUAACUUUUACAACCCACACCCUCACACACACAAACACAUUCUGGACCAGCGAAGAGAUUAUCUCCACCUCCAGUUAGAGGCAAGUAAAGCUGUUUAUGUCUGGAGUGCUGUACUCUAAAGUAGGCUACAAGAUACAAUGACAUCAUGGCGCAUUACUACUCUGCAGACCAUAUGAAUGUAUACUCGUGGAAGAGAGGUGUACUACAGUUUACUGUAAAAUGGGUUAGAAAUCUGCUGAAAGACAGUUCAAGUUACACUACUCCAAGAGCACGAGAAACCUAUAGCCUAUAUGUGAUAACUUUAGCCCAGGGGUCUCCAACCCUGUUCCUGGAGAGCUACCCUCUUGUAGGUUUUCGCUCCAACCUCAGUUGUAACUGUAACUUAACUAACUUGUUUCAGUUUAUCAACCAGCUAAUUAUUAGAAUCAGGUGUGCUAGAUUAGGGUUGGAGUGAAAACCUACAGGACUGUAGCUCUCCAGGAGCAGGGUUGAAGAGCCCUGCUUUAGCCUAUAUCUGCAGCCAGUGAUCAUGCAAUGUUAUAGUCUCCAUUACUGCUGUAGUGAGAGUUAUGGAGUAUGUUUAUUGUCCUGUGUGAAGUGGAACACUGAGUGUUUCUUUCUGUGUGCAGAGAUGGACAGUGUUGGACUCCCUGCUAUGUGGAGCAUUUGCAGGCGCUGUGGCCAAAACAGUCAUAGCUCCUCUGGACAGAACCAAGAUCAUCUUCCAAGGUAAGGCCAUUUCCCUGGAAGAACAUGCAUUCAGAAUAUAAAGUAGGGGUUCCUUUCGUAAAUAUAUACUGUACUUAUUUCAUUGUUAGUAUCUGUUAUGAUGAGUUUCUCGGGUAUCAAGUAAUUCAUGAUGUAAGAAGAUAUUUAACACUUAGAUGGAGAGUUCAUACAAAUAAGAAGCUCUGCCUCUUGUCAUCCGAACUACUGAACAAAGAAAAUAUCUCAGUUUAUAUACCUCAUGUGACACGUUUCUUCAACAACAUCUGUUAACCAUCAGUUGGCACUCCCUUCUUUGAUGUUAUUACCUUGUACCCCAAGUCAGUAUAUCAUGUCCAUCAAUCAUAUUUAUUCUAAGAUAAACCUCAGUAAGCUCCCUCGACAUAAUGGAAUCCUUGGCCUCUAGACUGUGUGGCACCAAGAAUUACCUAUCUACUAAAUGUCCUUGUUCCCACCACUAUGAAGAGACAUCAUAACAGUAUCUUUGCCGUAAUACUUAUUUUCCUCCUUCUCCUACUUUAGUGUCCUCACAAAGAUUCUCUGCUAAGGUGAGUGUAUUAUAUAACUUGCAUUGAAAUAAAUAAAGAUGUACUUGAUGUAUGUCUUCCCAAUUGGCAGAGGCUGGCAGAGCAGGAUUUACUGGUGUUAUCUCCUAGAUGGGAAUGUUAUUUGGUCACUUGGGUGUGUGUUACUUUUUAAUGAGUCUGUCUGAAGCUGGACGACUCAAAACAUUGCUUUUUCAAAGGGAAUGUUCUGUAUAUUAAAUAUUAGAACGCUGAACAGUCUUGACUCAAUUUCUUGCACUUACACAUCUUAUAACAUAAUAUAAUAAUAAUGUAAUAUAUGCCAUUUAGCAGGUCGCUUUUAUCCAAAACAACUUAGUCAUGCGUGCAUACAUUCUUUACAUUUGGGUGGUCACGAGAAUCGAACCCACUAUCCUGGCGUUGCAAGAGCCAUGCUCUACCAACUCAGCUACAGAGGACCACCAUGUGAAUAGUGGACCAGUGCACACUUCAAGAAAUAGUAUAGAGUAUUGCGAUGCAUAGCCAGCAGGGAGGUCCAACCCUCCAAGAGCCCAAACAUAGAUGCAUAUUUGGCCCAAACAUACCAGUCUAUAAUGUAUUGAACUGUACUCAACUACACUGUGCUCUAAAGUACUGUACUGUACUUUACUGUAUUGUACUGAACUGAACUGAACUGAACUGUACUGAACUAUACUGUACUGUACUGAACUUGACCUUACUGUACUUUACUGUACUGAACUAUAGUGUACUGAACUAUACUCUACUCACGUUUACUCUACUGGAUGUUGUUUUUCCCCAUUUAAACUGGUCUUGGUCUGGUCGAUUUGUGUGUCGAUUCACUGGUCUGGGUCUCAGAAAGUCUUGUUCUGCGUCUUGAUUAGGGAUGCAUAUUUUGCUGCUGACUAACCAAUCCUCAUUAAUCGGUCAACAAUCUGUAAAAACAAUUCCAAACAGUAAAAUGGCGUGACCAACCGAAAAUACUAUGCAUGCAUACAAGGAACUGACAUUUUUCAUUAACGAAAACAUGCAACAAUAGCAAGCCUGUCGUCAAAAGGCUAUAGCCUAUUAUUGAACAUGCAACUGCUGUAAUGAAGCAGCUAAUAAAACAUCAUUUUCAAACAUUUGCCAAAAUGCAAUUCGUGGGAAAACACUGUUCUAAACAGCACACCUAAUGCGAGCGGUUCCACAUGUGACAGAGGUGAAAAUCUCAGUUAGCAACUUAGAAAGAGGGGGAAUCUGAUAGCCACAACUAGGAUGGGUUGCUAAGGUGAAUAGGAUUGUGCCUUUGGCUUCUGGACAACGAAAGAAAGUUGAUUUGAAAAUCAAUAGAGUAGGAGAGACAUUCUGGUUAAUGGCAUGAGGAAAUCUUUAUAAAAUAAUUGCCUCCACAUUUCUAUGGUUGGAUUUUGGCUAGGCUACUUUGAAGCAAGGUAAGACAUUCCUCAUUAUUUGAAGUAAAGUAAAACGUUCAGGUUUCAAACAAUUAUACUGCCUCAAGGUCACAUUUUAAAGUGGUGGGUGACUCUGCUUACCGUUGACUAUAGCCUAUGCACUCGAAUGGCGAAUGGGAGGCGCACUUUAAUUACGAGUUGAGAUUGAGAAAUAAAAAUAGUAGCUCUUUUUUUAAUCGUGGCCAUCAAAAAAGUUUUGAACACGCCAUUGCAUUUAGAAUUGUUAUUUGUUGCACAAUGACUGGGCUUAUAAAAGCACGUUUCACUGCAGUACUAGCUUUUUGAGGAGCUGCUCUGACAGGUGAUAGGCCACUCCGCUCCUCAAUCUAGGCUGUGUAUGCUGUGCGCGUGUGAUAAAUAAGACGCAUGACGACUAACAAAAAUACCAACAUGCCAAUUUAAUUCCACUCAAUUAUGCAAUUUAACCUAUAGACCGAUAAGCAUGGUCAAAUAUAUAUAUUUUCUGCGGCUAACCAAUUUAAUGGUUAACCGUUAACAUGCCUAGUCUUGAUCUAAUCGGUUCCGGUCUUUACUUCAUCUGUGGUACUCACACCAAUUUUAUACUUUUGAAUCCAUGUGGGUAGUGGACAAAUACACACGUCAGGAAACAUUGUAGCGUAUUGAGAUGAAUGGCCAGCAGGGGGCUCCAUUCCCUCCAAGAGCGACUUGAAUUGUCAGGCCCAGCCUCACUCAACUUCAUUGGCUCACAGCGUCCAUGACGUUUAAGAUAUCAACUUAAUUUAUAAUACCUUUAAAGAUCUUGGUCUAUAGAUGCUGUACACAAAGUUUCCGCAAAAUCUGUGUAGUGGUCUCUGAGGAGAUGCUGUUGAAAAAUGUAAAACCUUUUGAAGUCAAAUGUUUAUUUUAGCAGACACUCUUAUCCAGAGCGACGUACAAUUAGUGAGUGCAUACAUUUUUUUCAUACUGGCCCCCCGUGGGAAUCGAACCCACAACCCUGUCGUUGCAAGCGCCAUGCUCUACCAACUGAGCUACACAGGACUAUAGUGCCACCAUUUGGCUGAGACUGGUUACAUCACGUGUAACCAGACGUAUUAGGCCACCAACUUACACCAUCCCACCAAGUUUGUAGGUCUUACCAUUUAAGAGCUAUAGCUCUCCAAAAAAAGGAAAAUAAUCAAUUUUUAAAUUUUUUAUUAUGAAUCCUAGCAAUUAUAAUAGGGUUCCAGCCCUUUCAAUAGUAAUAAUAAUAAUAAUAAUUUGGUAGGUGCUUAUAUUUCUCCUAUUUCACGCAUGUUUGAUUUGGAAAUGUGUUUUUUGCAUAUUCCACUCUCCCUGAGACACCCUCGGAGAGGGGGAUCAGGACCAUGACUGUCUUGUUGAGUUAGUGUUGUGUUGUUGAGCUAGUGUUGUAUUGUUGAGCUAGUGUUAAGUGUGUUGUGUUGCUGUGUUCCCCCCCCCCCCCCCCCCCCCCCCCCCCCCCCCCCCAGGAAGCCUUCAGACUCCUCUAUUGUACGUACAUGAAAGAUGGCUUCCUCAGUCUGUGGAGGGGCAACUCUGCCACCAUGGUACGGGUCAUCCCCUACGCUGCCAUCCAGUUCAGCUCCCACGACCAGUACAAGAGAAUCCUGGGGGGAUACUUCGGCUUCCAGGGAAAGUGAGUAGAGUACCCCUCAGUGAAAUAAUUGAGAAUACACAUACUGUUAAUGGCAACCCUUCAGUGAUCUUUCUUGAACAGAACAAACCAUUGUCUCUAGUGUGAAAAAAAACCUAAUAAUACAAUGAUAUGCAUUGUAGAAACAAUAGCUGACAGAUGGCGCCAACAGAGAGGGCUGCCUUGCUUCUAGCUCUUAGGAAACGUUGCAGUAUUUUGUUUUUUUAAUGUAUUAUUUCUUACGUUAUUAGCCCAGAAAAUUGUUUGUGUUAUUACAUACAGCCGGGAAGAACUAUUUGGUAUCAGAGCGGCGUUAACUCACCAGCACUACCAGCAUUACGACCAGGAAUACGACUUUCCCGAAGCGGAUCCUUUGUUCGCGCCUCCCAGGGCAAUUUAACUGAUUCCAGAGGCCAACCCAAAACAACGCCGGAGGAGAGGUACUCGGAGCGGCCUUCUAGUCCGACUUAGGAGGCGUGCACACCACCCACCGCUUCAGAGUAUAUUACUCGCUAAUGUUCAGUCUCUGGAUAAUAAAGUUGACGAGCUCAGGGCGAGGGUUUCUUUCCAGAGAGACAUCAGGGAUUGUAACAUACUCUGUUUUCACGGAAACAUGGCUCUCGGGAUAUACUGUCCGAGUCGGUCCAGCCAGUUGGGUUCUCAGUUCAUCGCGCAGACAGGAAUAAAUAUCUCUCCGGGAAGCAGAAAGGCGGAGGUGAUUAACGACUCAUGGUGUAACUGUGAUAACAUACAGGAACUCAAGUCCUUUUGUUCACCCGACCUAGAAUACCUCACAAUCAAAUGCUGACCGUAUUAUCUCCCAAGAUAAUUUUAUUUGGUUAUAGUCACGGCCGUGUAUAUCCCCCCUUAAGCCGAUACCACGACGGCCCUCAAAUAACUUCACUGGACUCUAUGCAAACUGGAAACCACAUAUCCUGAGGCUGCAUUUAAUGUAGCUGGGGAUUUUAACAAAGCAAAUUUGAGGAAAAGGUUACCGAAGUUCUAUCAACACAUCGACUGUAGUACUUGCACUGCUAAAACACUCAAACAGGAAGUACCCGUGCUAAGGACUAUUCAACGCUGGUCUGACCAAUCGGAAUCCACGCUUCAAGAUUGUUUUGAUCACGCGGACUGGGAUAUGUUCCGGGUAGCUUCAGAGAAUAAUAUCGACGUAUAUACUGAUACAGUGACUGAGUUUAUCAGGAAGUGUAUAGGAGAUGUUGUACCCACUGUGACUAUUAAAACCAACCCUAACCAGAAACCAUGGAUAGAUGGCAGCAUUCACGCAAAACUGAAAGCGCGAACCACCGCAUUUAACCAUGGCAAGGUGACUGGAAAUAUGGCAGAAUGCAAACAGUGAAGUUAUUCCCUCGGCAAGGCAAUCAAACAGGCAAAACAUCAGUAUAGGGACAAAGUGGAGUCACAAUUCAACGGCUCAGACACAAGACGCAUGUGGCAGGGUCUACAGACAAUCACGGACUACAAAAGGAAAACCAGCCACGUCGCGAACACUGACGUCUUGCUUCCGGACAAGCUAAACACCUUCUUCGCCUGCUUUGAGGAUAAUACAGUGCCACCGACGCGGCCUGCUACCAAGGACUGUGGGCUCUCCUUCUCUGUGGCCGACGUGAGUAAGACAUUUAAGCGUGUUAACCCUCACAAGGCUGCCGGCCCAGAUGGCAUCCCUAGCCGCGUCCUCAGAGCUUGCGAAGACCAGCUGGCUGGUGUGUUUACAGACAUAUUCAAUCUCUCCCUAUCCCAGUCUGCUGUCCCCACAUGCUUCAAGAUGGCCACCAUUGUCCCUGUACCCAAGAAAGCAAAGGUAACUGAACUAAAUGACUCGCCCCGUAGCACUCACUUCUGUCAUCAUGAAGGGCUUUGAGAGACUAGUCAAGGAUCAUAUCACUUCUACCUUACCUGCCGCCCUAGACCCACUUCAAUUUGCUUACCGCCCCAAUACAUCCACAGAUGAUGCAAUCGCCAUCACACUGCACACUGCCCUAUCCCAUCUGGACAAGAGGAAUACCUAUGUAAGAAUGCUGUUAAUUGACUAUAGCUCAGCAUUCAACACCAUAGUACCCUCCAAGCUCAUCAUUAAGCUUGAGGCCCUGGGUCUGAACCCCGCCCUGUGCAACUGGUUCCUGGACUUCCUGACGGGCUGCCCCCAGGUGGUGAAGGUAGGAAACAACACCUCCACUUCGCUGAUCCUCAACACUGAGGCCCCACAAGGGUGCGUGCUCAGCCCCCUCCUGUACUCACUGUUCACCCAUGACAGCGUGGCCAAGCACGUCUCCAACUCAAUCAUCAAGUUUGCUAAAUGACGUAAAUGUGCCCUUGAGCAAGGCACUUAACCCUAAUUGCUCCUGUAAGUCGCUCUGGAUAAGAGCGUCUGCUAAAUGACUAAAAUGUAAAUGUAAAUGUAAUCAAGUUUGCAGACGACACAACAGUAGUAGGCUUGAUUACCAACAAUGACGAGAAAGCCUACAGGGAGGAGGUGAGGACUCUGGGAGUGUGGUGCCAGGGAAAUAACCUCUCACACAAUGUCAACAAAACAAAGGAGAUGAUCGUGGACUUCAGGAAACAGCAGAGGGAACACCCCCCUAUCCACAUCGACGGGACCGCAGUGGAGAAGGUGGAAAGCUUCAAGUUCCUCAGCAUACACAUCACUGACAAACUGAAAUGGUCCACCCACACAGACAGUGUGGUGAAGAAGGCGCAACAGCACCUCUUCAACCUCAGGAGGCUGAAGAAAUUUGGCUUGGCACCUAAAACCCUCACAAACUUUUAGAGAUGUACAAUUGAGAGCAUCCUGUCAGGCUGUAUCACUGCCUGGUACGGCAACUGCACCGCCCGCAACCGCAGGGCUCUCCAGAGGGUGGUGCGGUCUGCCGGGGGCAAACUACCAGCCCUCCAGGACACCUAGAGCACCCGAUAAUCAAGGACAACAUCAACCCGACCCACUGCUUGUUCACCCCGCUAUCAUCCAGAAGGCGAGGUCAGCACAGGUGCAUCAAAGCUGGGACCGAGAGACUGAAAAACAGCUUCUAUCUCAAGGCCAUCAGACCGUUAAAGAGCCUUCACUAGCACAUUAGAGGCUGCUGCCUAUAUACACAGAUUAGAAAUCACUGGCCACUUUAAUAAAUGGAAAACAAGUUACUUUAAUAAUGUUUACAUAUCUUGCAUUACUCAUCUCAUAUGUAUAUACUGUAUUCUAUACAAUUCUACUGUAUCUUAGUCUAUGCCGCUCUAACAUUGCUCGUCCAUAUAUUUAUUUAUAUAUUCUUAAUUCCAUUGCUUUACUUAGAUUUGUGUGUAUUGGGUAUAUGUUGUGAAAUUGUUCGAUAUUACUUGUUAGAUUUUACUGCACUGUUGGAGCUAGAAACACAACCAUUUCGCUACACCCGCAAUAACAUCUGCUAAACACGUGUAUGUGACCAAUAAAAUGUUAUUUGAUUUUAAUGUAAUUUGAUCUAUCUGUCUGUUUCAGAGCCCUUCCUCCUUUUCCACGUUUCCUGGCAGGGUCGUUGGCUGGCACCACAGCUGCCAUGCUCACCUAUCCCCUGGACAUGGUGCGGGCCAGGAUGGCAGUGACGCCCAGACAAAUGUAGGGCACUCCGAUAACACUCAUAAAUGUCAAUCUUUGAAUGUAUAAACAUACCUGCACGCAGGUCUCUAAAGUGCGACCAAAAAUGCGACCAAAUAUUGUGCGACUAUGAACAAAAUCUCCCGUAAUUGUUGUUUCUGAGUGCCUUAGAGAAACAAGCGAGUGCAUAUUCGUUAGCGUCAUGGUUGCACCAUUACUACAGUGAAAACUGCUUGCUUCUAACCCAACCAGGUCAAAAGAUCUGACCCAUAUUAUCUGCGCAACAUUUUUAUAUUCCUGUAGCGGAUCGCUAGGACCACAUUUUACAUUCAUAAACCACAUUUUACAUUCAUAAACCACAUUUUACAUUCAUAAACCAUGUCGUGGGCCAUUCUAAAACUACUUGUGCGUCGUUAACCAUUUGUUUACACUUUGUUCAGUCAUGUUACCUCAUUGGCUAGCUAGCUAACAACCUGGUAACCACACCCGUCGCUAUGGGCGGGCCAUAGGGGGCCGGGCCCGCCCCCAAAAAUGCUUGUGCCCCCCCCCACUUGAGGGAAUUUAUUAUUAAAUAUACGUACUGUAGGCUAAUAAUAAUUGUGCCCUGCCCUCCCAUGCAUUUCACAUGCCCCCCUUAAGACUGAGGUCUGGCGACGGGUCUGCUGGUAACUUUACCAGUAUAUCCAAACCAUAGAGUUUCUAAAGGCACAACAUCGUGAAACUUCCGGGAACACUUGCGAAACAUAUCAAGCAGACUGGGCCGGGGUUUGGGGUUUGAGAAGUCAAUGGGAGAACUGAAAAUGUAAUCCAUAGUUGUUAAUUUUCUCAAUAUCUAAAGGCACAACCUAGAUUCGAGACAAUGUCUUAAGUAGUUAAACAUGUUAUUACUCCAACCUUGUGAAAGUGAUUUUCGUCAAAAACGACUUUAUAUUAAGGAGUACCUUUGAUUUGACGGCCUGCACAAGCACAGUUUUGCGCGAGACGAAAGUUAGGCCCGAUGACGUGUUUCUACACAUUUAGCUAGCCAACGUCGCCAUGACAUCGCCUACAAGUGUGAUCAGGGAUUUCUAUUGAAGAAGCAGUUUCUGCUUAUCUUCAUACUGUACUGCCUUUGUCCACACAUUUGGGGCCAUAGAAAGAAAGGACAAGGGAUAGCUUCUUCAGGAGAUCAAUGAUCAUAGCAAUGUCGUUGUCACAAACCUGACGUUUUUAAUAGAGACUGUGUACAAUUUUCUAUGUAAUGAAUCUCAAUAGGAAAAUAGUGAUUUAUACACAAUGUAGGAACCUAAUAUUCCACAUAUGACUUUGCAAUUUCAAUGACAGGUAUUCCUAUCAAUUUAUUUAGCGUUUAUAAUAAACUAAUGUACAAACACUGUUUACAGUGUUACAUAUUAGUUUCAAGGGCACCAUUUUUUUUUUUUCCCUGUUUUAAUCUCUUGCACAUAAACGUAUGCCUUACAAAAAACGAUGGUUAAAAGACCGAUUUAAUCCUUGGUUACAGGAAAGAAAUGUAGCUUUGGCUAAGGCUAGAUGGACUGAUUCUACGUCUGAUUGGCAGUCCUUCAGACAUUUGAGAAUAAAAUGUCUAUCCCUGGUUAAAAAAGCAAAAUCAACAUAUUUCUUGAAUUGUGUAUCUGAGAGUGGUGUUAAUCCAGACAAUUCCCCUCAUUGCCCCAGCAGGUUUUGACAGCCUCUGCACCCACUCUAGACAAAAAGAAAAUUUGUGACGCUUUCAAUAACCAUUUUGCUUCAGCUGGCCACCUGUUUGAAAUUAAUCUCAUCCCACUAGAGGGAGUCCUUUAGUCACCUCAGAACAGAUUGUAGAGAAUGACGCACUAACAGACUCACAUACUUUAUUUUGAUUUCAACCCUUUGAUGUCUAUGAUGUACUAAGUACUUUGCUAAAGAUUGAUGUAAAAAUGGGCUGAUUCACAUCAAAUCUAAUUUUAUUGGUCACAUACACAUAUUUAGCAGAUGUUAUUGCGGGUGUAGCGAAAUGCUUGUGUUCCUAGUUCCAACAGUGCAGUAAUAUCUAACAAUACACACAAAUCUAGAGAGAGAGAUUCGGAAAGUAUUCUGACAUGCACUGUCAACAAAAUGUGGAAAAAGUCAAGGGGUCUGAAUACUUUCCGAAUGCACUGUGUGUGUGUAAUAUUUAUAUACAGUACCAGUCAUAAGUUUGGACACCUACUCAUUCCAGGGUUUUUCUUUAUUUUUUACUAUUUUCUACAUUGUAGAAUAAUAGUGAAGACACCAAAACUAUAAAAUAACACAUGAAAAUACUACAUGGAAUCAUGUAGUAACCAAAAAAGUGUUAAACAAAUCAAAAUAAAUUUGAGAAUCUUCAAAGUAGUCACCCUUUGCCUUGAUGACAGCUUUGCACACUCUUGGCAUUCUCUCAACCAGCUUCACCUGGAAUGUUUUUCCAACAGUCUUGAAGGAGUUCCCACAUAUGCUGAGCACUUGUUGGCUGCUUUUCCUUCAAUGCUGCAGAAAUGUUUUGGUACCCUUCCCCAGAUCUGUGCCUCGACACAAUCCUGUCUCGGAGCUCUAUGGACAAUUCCUUCGACAUCAUGGCUUGGUUUUUGCUCUGACAUGCACUGUCAACUGUGGGACCUUAUAUAGACAGGUGUGAGCCUUUCCAAAUCAUGUCCGACCAAUUGAAUUUACCACAGGUGGACUCUCAGGGAUGAUCAAUGGAAACAGGAUGCACCUGAUCUCAAUUUUGAGUCUCAUAGCAAAGGGGCUGAAUACUUAUGUAAAUAAGGUAUUUGUUUUGUAUUUUUUAUACAUUUGCAAACAUUUCUAAAAACCUGUUUUCGCUUUGUCAUUAUGGGGUAUUGUGUAGAUUGCUGAGGAAAUUGUUUUAUUUUAUCCAUUGAUCCAUCCAUAAGGCUGUAACAUAACAAAAUGUGGAAAAAGUCAAUGGGUCUGAAUACUUUCCGAAGGCACUGUAUGUGUAUAUAUAUAUAUAGGUGUGUGAUGGGAUGUACAGUAUAGACAAUAUGGACAGAAUAUGUAGUAUGUCUGAAGAAUAGUAUAUGUACAGCAAUAGUUAAAUAGGAUAGGCCGUGACUAAGGUUUUCCUACUUACAAAGCAUGUAGAGGUCUGUAAUGUUUAUCAUAGGUACACUUCAACUGUGAGAGACGGAAUCUAAAACAAAAAUCCAGAAAAUCACAUUGUAUGAUUUUUAAGUAAUUAAUUUGCAUUUUAUUGCAUGACAUAAGUAUUUGAUACAUCAGAAAAGCAGAACUUAAUAUUUGGUACAGAAACCUUUGUUUGCAAUUACAGAGAUCAUACGUUUCCUGUAGGUCUUGACCAGGUUUGCACACACUGAAGCAGGGAUUUUGGCCCACUCGUCCAUACAGACCUUCUCCAGAUCCUUCAGGUUUCGGGGCUGUCGCUUGGCAAUACAGACUUUCAGCUCCCUCCAAAGAUUUUCUAUUGGGCUCAGGUCUGGAGACUGGCUAGGCCACUCCAGGACCUUGAGAUGCUUCUUACGGAGCCACUCCUUAGUUGCCCUGGCUGUGUGUUUCGGGUCGGUGUCAUGCUGGAAGACCCAGCCACAACCCAUCUUCAAUGCUCUUACUGAGGGAAGGAGGUUGUUGGCCAAGAUCUCGCGAUACAUGGCCCCAUCCAUCCUCCCCUCAAUACGGUGCAGUCGCUCUGUCCCCUUUGCAGAAAAGCAUCCCCAAAGAAUGAUGUUUCCACUUCCAUGCUUCACGGUUGGGAUGGUGUUCUUGGGGUUGUACUCAUCCUUCUUCUUCCUCCAAACACGGCGAGUGGAGUUUAGACCAAAAAGCUAUAUUUUUGUCUCAUCAGACCACAUGACCUUCUCCCAUUCUUCCUCUGGAUCAUCCAGAUGGUCAUUGGCAAACUUCAGACGGGCCUGGACGUGCGCUGGCUUGAGCAGGGGGACCUUGCGUGCGCUGCAGGAUUUUAAUCCAUGACGGCGUAGUGUGUUACUAAUGGUUUUCUUUGAGACUGUGGUCCCAGCUCUCUUCAGGUCAUUGACCAGGUCCUGCCGUGUAGUUCUGGGCUGAUCCCUCACCUUCCUCAUGAUCAUUGAUGCCCCACGAGGUGAGAUCUUGCAUGGAGCCCCAGACCGAGGGUGAUUGACCGUCAUCUUGAACUUCUUCCAUUUUCCAAUAAUUGCGCCAACAGUUGUUGCCUUCUCACCAAGCUGCUUGCCUAUUGUCCUGUAGCCCAUCCCAGCCUUGUGCAGGUCUACAAUUUUAUCCCUGAUGUCCUUACACAUCUCUCUGGUCUUGGCCAUUGUGGAGAGGUUGGAGUCUGUUUGAUUGAGUGUGUGGACAGGUGUCUUUUAUACAGGUAACGAGUUCAAACAGGUGCAGUUAAUACAGGUAAUGAGUGGAGAACAGGAGGACUUCUUAAAGAAAAACUAACAGGUCUGUGAGAGCCGGAAUUCUUACUGGUUGGUAGGUGAUCAAAUACUUAUGUACAUAAAAAUGCAAAUUAAUUACUUAAAAAUCAUACAAAGUGAUUUUCUGGAUUUUUGUUUUAGAUUCCGUCACUCACAGUUGAAGUGUACCUAUGAUAAAAAUUACAGACCUCUACAUGCUUUGUAAGUAGGAAAACCUGCAAAAUCGGCAGUGUAUGAAAUACUUGUUUUCCCCACUGUAUAUAUGAAGUGGGUAAAGCAGUAUGUAAACAUUAUUAAAGUGACCAGUGUUUCAUGACUAUGUACAUAUGGUAGCAACCUCUAAGGUGCAUGGUAGAGUAACCGGGUGGUAGCCGGCUAGUGACAGUGACUAAAGUUCAGGGCAAGGGUACUGGGCGGGGGCCGGAUAGUGGUGACAGUCUGAUGGCCUUGAGAUAGAAGCUGUUUUUCAGUCUCUCGGUCCUAGCUUUGAUGCACCUGUACUGACCUCGCCUUCUGGAUGGUAGCGGGGUGAACAGGCCGUGGCUGAGGUCCUUGAUUAUCUUUUUGGCCUUCCUGUUACACCGGGUGCUGUAGAUGUCCUGGUUGGCAGGCAGUGUGCCCCCGGUGAUGCGUUGGGAAGACCGCACCACCCUCUGGAGAGCCCUGUGGUUGCUUGAUCUCUUCUUACUGCAGCUCUCUGCCCCACUUAUUGCACAACCACUGACCUAUAUUUUUAACUUGUUUCUGGUGUUAUCCCUAAGAUAAAAUAAUAAUAAUAUGCCAUUUAGCAGACGCUUUUAUCCAAAGCGACUUACAGUCGUGCGUGCAUACAUUUUUGUGUAUGGGUGGUCCCGGGGAUCGAACCCACUACCUUGGCGUUACAAGCGCUGUGCUCUACCAGCUGAGCUACAGAGGAUCUGGAAAGCGGCACAUGUCCUCCCCCUACAUAAAGGAGGAGAUCCUUCUGACUGUCCAAUUUCCAAAUGAUCUUGCCUUUCCAAAGUUUUAGAUUCCCCGACUAACUUUCAGCUAAGAACUUUUGUAACUUCUCACUCUAUUCUUAAUGUGCACCACUCCUGUUUUUAGACCUGGACAUAGCACAGUUUCAGCUGCUACACUUGUUUUAGAUGAUGUGUUAAAUUGCUUGGAUCAUAAAAAUCAUUGUUCUGCCUUAUUUAUAGACCUUUCCUAGGCCUUCGAUACCGUUGACCAUCACAUUCUUAUUCAAAGGUAGACUGAAAUAGACCUGGAUCAGGCUUCUUGCAAGUGAUUUGAAAAUGACAGGACAGGACUCAAUGUGUGAUCUCUGAUGGUGUUAAGUCUAGUUUCCUGGAUGUUACUAAAGGUGUACCGCUGGGGUCGGAACUGGGACCUGUUCUCUUUACUAUUUAUAUAAAUAAUAUUGGUCUAUCUGUUAAAACUUGUUAAUAUUCAUCUGUAUGCAGAUGACACUUAUGUAUGCAAUUGCCCCAACUGUUGACCAGGCUAUGUUAGAGCUGUGAUCUGACCUUGUUACCUUACAGAAAGCCCUGGUUGGUUUAAAACUUGUACUUAAUGCGGGCAAGACUAAAUACAUGUUGUUCUCGCAAGAAUGUUUCAGAUGUAAUACUUAUUUAUUCAUUGGAUGGUUCUCCCAUUGAUCGGGUUCCCGCCUACAAAUAUCUGGGCAUUUGGAUUGACAAAGAAUUCAUGUUUAAAAAACAUACAGAUGAGCAGGAAGCAGAUUGUACAGUCAAUUUUCCAGCCAGUUCUUGAUUAUGGUGACACCAUUUACCAGAUUGCAGCAGCCACUACUCUUAAGCCUUUGGAUUCUGUCUACCAUAGUGCCAUUCGUUUUAUCACUGGUGACAGUUUUGAUAGUCACCACUGCAUCCUGUAUCAAAAGGUUGGCUGGUCCUCAUUAAAGUCCCGUUGAUCAAUUAAUUAUUCCCUUUUUGUUUACAAAGCUCUACUACACAAGCUUCCGACUUACCUAACGUCAUUGCUAAAGUAUAAAAGAAUGAGCUACCAAACCUGCUCACAGGGUUGGUUAACUCUUGAGGUCCUCCUUUAGUUUUAGUGUCCCCAUUGUUGGAAUAACCUGCAAAUUCCCUUUCAUCUUCAUUCCCUGGUGCUGCUAGGGCAGUUUAGGAAUCUGGUGUUAAAGGAAUUAAUUGAGGAUUGCAGUUGUUUCGAUAUAUUGUAAUGGUUUAUUUGUUGAAAGUGUAGUAUUGUAAUUGUACCUUGUACCUAUUUGGAAUGUUCAUUUUCUUGAAUGUAUAAAAGUAAAAACAAAAAACAAAAACGUGCUUCAAAAGUAACUAGAAUUCAAAAAUCAUAUUUUCUGAUGCUCCUAAAUUUCAUUUGGCGCUCCUAACUUUUUUAUGUUGGAAGCACCAGUGCUACCAAUGAAAAAUGUUAAUUUAGAGCCCUGCCUGCAUGUGGUUUCCCCUUUGCCCACUUAGUCAAAGAUUAACAGGCAUAUAGGUUAAUAUAGGUCAUGUUUUUAUCCUUAUAUAAAUAUCCAUAUAGGUUCAUAUCCUACUCUUAUCUCUAAUCUUUCUUCCCUACAGGUACAGCAACAUUCUGCACGUGUUUGUACGCAUUACACAGGAGGAGGGCAUUAAGACCCUGUACAGAGGCUUCUGCCCAACCAUCCUGGGAGUGAUCCCAUACUCAGGAAUCACCUUCUUCACAUAUGAGACCCUCAAGAAUCUGCAUGCAGGUACAGCCUCCUUUUUAUGUUAUAAUUUUCUUAAUUGAAUGAUUGGAUUUUUGAUGAAGGGCUUAAUUUGAUCUUUCUUUCUCUCCUUCUCCCAUUCCUUUCUCCAGAGAGGACUAGGCGGUCCCAGCCGUACUCCUACGAGCGUCUGGCGUUUGGCGCGUGUGCCGGCCUGAUCGGCCAGUCGGCCUCUUACCCGCUGGACGUGGUUCGCCGACGUAUGCAGACAGCGGGGGUGACGGGCCAACAGUACGGCAGCGUCCUGGGCACCAUGAAGACGAUUGUGGUGCAGGAGGGGGUGGUGCGUGGACUCUACAAGGGCCUCAGUAUGAACUGGAUCAAAGGUCCUAUCGCUGUGGGGGUCAGCUUCACCACCUUUGACCUCAUGCACAACCUCCUGCACAAGAUGCACCAGUUGGGAUACUUCACACACUGAUUCAGCAGGGGGAGCCAGAGGAAAGGGUCACUGUUGGGACUACAGUUGUAGUCCGUCGGUCACAGACACAAUAUGGAUCCUCUGCACUCUACACGUCAGAUAGGGAUUGAAAGGGGAGGCAGAAGCUGUCAGUUUCUUUAAGCGCACAUCCUCUGACACACAUUAAGCACGCACAGCCAGACCCCCCACUCUUGCUGUUGAUGGAUGGGGUGUCUGCACUAAGGCUAAAAUAAGUGUCCUCAAACAGGGUAGAUGUGUGCAUGAGUUUGCAAUAUGAGAGGUAUGAGAAUGUGAAUUAUUUUACGUUUCCAGUCCUUAUAUUUGGUUGAGAUUGUGGUAUUAUGUUUGGUAAGGGCACUUUUACUGGGUCUGGAGAUAUUCAGAGAGGUGAAGAACUUUACUAUGGGUUCAUUUUAGUACAGUAUUUUAUCAACUGUUUGUGCUCACAAUGUUUUCUGUUGCUUUUAACUGAAGAUUCACUUUUAUAUUUUUAACCAUGCAUUGCUGCUUUUCUUCUUGAUUCUUGAUUAUUUCAGGGCUCGUUGCAGCUGUAAUUCGCUGCUCUUCGCUCACUUUUGCAUUUAGCAUCAACGUUUCAAUGAAGAUUCACCUAGUGCGCCUUGCUGCCAGAAAAUCUGGAUUGUUGAUAGUUUGUUGAUUGCUGGUAGUUGAGGAGAAUGUAGCCUUGUUCCAAAGAGCUUGUUGCUGGAUUUUGACGGUUAGUAAUGUCCAUUUUAUGACGUGCCAAGAUGGAAUGGAAUGGAAACUAAUGUACUGUCAGGUUAAAAAUUAUUGGCACCCUUGAUAAA